AUGAAUUCAAAGCGGCGUUCCCCUACUAUCCAUGUUAUCAGCCUGCCUGCCUCCCUCCUCCCUAAGCCCCCGAAGCCCUCCGCGAAGCCCUCCGCGAAGCCCUCCUCGAAGCCAUCAAAGAUGCGUGGAUCUUAUCAUCCAAUCACUGUACAGGACCUCACCACCUCCGGCGCCGUUGUCAAAGCCUAUCGUGCAGACGUAGCAGAUGAAACUGCCUUCCUCUCCGCCAUGCAACAAUGCACCACCGACCUCCAGCCUAUCGCGGGCGUGGUCCAAAUGGCCAUGCUGCUGCGCGACACGCUCUUCGAGAAAAUGUCCUACGCGAAUUGGACGCAGCCCAUGCGGCCCAAGAUCCAAGGCAUACUCAAUCUGCACAACUACUUCUCUUCCACGCGCCCGUUGGAUUUCUUCCUCAUCUGCUCCUCCAUAUCCGGCAUCUUCGGCUACCCCGGCCAGACGCAAUACGCCGCCGCCAACACGUUCCAAGACGCCCUCGCACGCCACCGCCGCAGUCAAGGCCUCAAGGCCGUGGCGGUCGAUCUAGGCAUCAUGCGCGACGUCGGCAUUCUAGCCGAGCAAGGCACAACUGGCAAACUCGCUGACUGGGAAGCCGUCCUCGGGAUCCGCGAAAAGCCCUUCCACGCGCUGAUGAAGAGCCUGAUCACCGCGAGUGGAAAGGAGACAGUGACUCGUCUCCUGCGCAGUGAUCCGCGGUUUGGCCCGCUGAAUGUGUUGAAUAUUGCAUCCUCGUCCUCUUCCGCAGACCAAGACACCUCAUCCGCUGCAUCAUCGCCCUCCACGCGUCUCGCUGCCGCGUCCAACCUCGCCGAAGCCGUGUCCAUCAUCACGGACGCGCUCGUACACAAGACGGCGGAGAUACUGCAGAUGCCCUUGUCCGAGGUGGAUCCAGGUAGGCCUAUGUACCGAUAUGGAGUGGAUUCGCUGGUGGCGCUGGAGGUCCGCAACUGGAUUACUAGGGAGCUGCAGGCGAAUAUGGCGCUGUUGGAGAUUCUGGUAGCGGAGCCGAUGAGGGUGUUUGCGGGGAAUAUUGCGGAGAAGAGUAGCGAGGGCAACUAA